AUGCUCGUUGUAAGUCGAGCGACCGGCGAAAACAAAUUCGAAUGCACAACGUGCCCCUACGAAUAUCCGAUCUACCGUAACUACACUGAUCGCACCGUUCUGACUCGCAAGGAAGCGGACGACGUCUUGGGGGGCGAGGACGCAUGGAAAAAUGUGGACCAAACCGAAGCUCAAUGCCCCAAGUGCGAAAACAACCGGGCGUUUUACAUGCAACUGCAGAUUCGUAGUGCAGAUGAACCAAUGACGACGUUUUACAGGUGUACAGUACUGCAAUGCUCAGCACAGUGGAGAGACCAGUGA